UUCUUUCAGUACUGCCUGUCAGGACACCCGACCUUACCAUGCAACGUCCUCAAGUUCAAAUCCACCACCAUCAUGUUGGAUUGUGGGCUGGACAUGACGUCCACCCUCAAUUUCCUCCCGUUGCCACUGGUUCAGAGCCCCAGGCUGUCCAAACUUCCAGGUUGGGUUUUGAAAGAUGGAAGCACAUUUCUGGACAAGGAACUAAAGGAGUGCUCUGGCCACGUGUUUGUAGACUCUGUGCCCGAGUUCUGUUUACCAGAGACUGAGCUGCUUGACCUCUCCACGGUAGAUGUAAUCUUGAUCUCCAACUAUCACUGCAUGAUGGCGUUGCCCUAUAUCACAGAGUACACAGGAUUCACUGGAACAGUGUAUGCCACCGAGCCCACUGUUCAAAUUGGCAGACUUCUCAUGGAAGAACUAGUGAAUUCCAUUGAACGUGUGCCAAAGGCUCAGUCUGCCUCCAUGUGGAAGAACAAGGAGGUACAGAGGUUGCUGCCGGCCCCUCUGAAGGACGCGGUGGAGGUGUCUAUGUGGAGGAAGUGCUACACCAUGCCAGAAGUGAACGCCGCGCUCAGUAAGAUCCAGCUGGUGGGGUAUUCUCAGAAAAUUGAGCUGUUUGGUGCUGUGCAGGUCACCCCUCUCAGCUCAGGCUACGCUCUUGGAAGUUCCAAUUGGAUUAUCCAGUCGCACUAUGAAAAGGUUUCCUAUGUUUCAGGAUCUUCUCUGCUUACAACACACCCUCAGCCCAUGGACCAGGCUUCUCUUAAAAAUAGUGACGUGCUUAUCCUGACGGGUCUGACACAAAUCCCUACUGCUAACCCAGAUGGCAUGGUAGGAGAGUUCUGCAGCAACUUGGCUAUGACUGUCCGGAAUGGAGGAAAUGUGCUGGUUCCCUGUUACCCCUCUGGAGUAAUAUACGACCUGCUGGAGUGCCUAUAUCAGUACAUCGACUCUGCCGGACUCUCCAAUGUCCCUUUUUAUUUCAUCUCACCUGUUGCCAACAGCUCCCUGGAGUUCUCCCAGAUCUUUGCCGAAUGGUUGUGUCAUAACAAACAAACAAAGGUUUAUCUUCCAGAACCUCCUUUUCCCCAUGCUGAGCUCAUUCAGACAAACAAAUUGAAACAUUAUCCCAGCAUCCACGGAGACUUCAGCAAUGACUUCAAGCAGCCAUGUGUGGUGUUCACUGGACAUCCCUCUCUUAGAUUUGGGGAUGUGGUUCAUUUCAUGGAGUUAUGGGGGAAAUCGAGCUUGAACACUGUUAUAUUCACAGGUAAGUAAAAUGCAGUUAUCGUGAU